AUGAUACCUCUAAAGAAAAUGAUGCCUCCAAAGAACAUUUCAUUGACAAAUGUAUUUAAUGAUCUUGAGGUAUUUCCACCAGAUUAUUCUUCGAUUGAACUUAGUGCAGAACAAAGUAAUAUACUUGCUAAACAUAAUCAGAAUCCUCUAAAAGACACAAAAAAAAUAGUUAAUGAUCUUGGAAAAGAUCUUAAAAAAUUAGAAUAG